ACACCUCGUGGAUUCCUCAAGCCACUGGCAGCCAUGAUUCCCUCUGAGCACAUCGACAACCCACGGCUCUUCUUUCAAAGGCACGACCCCUUCCGCGAAGCGCAAGAGUUGCUGCAGGAGGCCAGAGCGGCUCCAGUGCGGAAGGAGUGGCAUAGCCGAGGCCCUCCUGCAGAGUUGGACUUGCCUUAUGAGGGACCAGUGCCUCAGGGCCACGUCAGGGUGCCGCACUUGCCGCAGGUGAGCCGCCUGAGCCGCGAGGGCGCCCGUGCUCCACGGCGGCAUAGCGCCUUGGACCCAGGAAGUGGUCGCUUGGGGCCUGGUCCAGUACGGGCAGCUGCAGGGUUGCAGUUUCGGCAUUUAGCAACGCUCGAGAAGGAGAAAAACUACACCCGGAAAAACGUCUUGCUCAAAGAACAGCGUUUCCACGAGAACCGUUGUGCUGAAAAAGCCAUGUGGGCUGGACAGCUCCCGGAGGAGCUACGUCCCAGGUAUGAUCGAUUCUCGACUUUUCGCCAUGAGAACGGUGAUGGCCGAAGCCUUCCCCACGAACGUGGUUUGGAACAGCGGCGCCGCUAGGAGCAUUAUGUCCGCCUGGGCUAUGGGCCCCUAUGGUCACAUCUGCCCAGUGGCUGACACUGGAAGCCCUGGCCGUGCACAGAGGAAACAGUCCUAACGAGACUGUGAGCCGACGUGGCAAUGACUCCGUGUCUCUGUGACAUAGUUACAAAGAAUUUGGAGGGCAUUUUGUUCAAGCAGUUGUUUCGUUGGCUCCGCCCCUGAUUUUAAGCUGCGGUCUCAAUGAGAAACUAUUGACCCUGAAAUAUGGGUGUGUCUGAGUUGCGGAAAUUUGCC